CUAUAAUCUGUGUGCACGUACGUAAUAACGGUAAUCCAGCAGCUUGUGAAAACAGGUGCAAAUGAAACAUGUGAAAACAGUAUAACGUUUGGGUUGAAUAGGAAAUUAGGAAUACGUAUUUGUUGCCAGGCUUCCACAAAACUGACGAUGUGUCAAGUGGAUGACGAAGGAAUAUCCGUUUUGGAGAAGAAACCAAGUUUGGGGGUUAACCCAAGAGAUUGUAUGAAAUGUGGAGAGAAAGCUGUGGUAAUCGCAAGGAUCAAGGAUCCAUUUUGCAGGUCCUGUUUUUUAAACUACUUUACACACAGGUUCCGAGCAACAUUUGGGAAAGCGAAGGUCAUACGAGAUGGAGAUAAGGUCUUGCUGGCUUUUUCUGGCGGUCAGUGCUCAAGUGCGAUGGUCAGCCUUGUGAAAAGGGGGCUUGAUCAAAGUACACACAAGAAACUACGAUUCAUACCAGCUCUGAUCUACAUUGAUGAGGGGUUAGUGACUGGCCAAUCCAAGGAGGACCGGGCAACGACAUGUCAGAGGAUCAGUCAUAUGAUGAGAGAGACAGGUUUCCCAUGGUUCAUUGCUACUUUGGAAGAGGCGCUAGGAAUUCCAGCCCAAACCACAGUUCAAAUGAAGAGCCCUGAUGCCUGUCAAGCAGGGGCCAGUUUCCAUGGCAACCAAGACCUCAGUGCAGAUGAGCUGGCCGGUAAGCUGGAAGAGAUUUGCCUGGAGACGGAUUGUACUCAAGAGUGCAAGGACUUGCUAGCAUCAGUAACGUCCUUGACUGCCAAGCAGGAUCUCGUCAGUAAUCUAAGGCACCGUCUACUCAUACACAAAGCUCGUCAGCUGGGCUACCACAAAGUGGCUGUUGGAGACAGCGGGACCAGGCUAUCAUCAGGAAUUCUGUCCAGCCUAGCAAAGGGGAAAGGUGCGGCCAUACCAGUUGCUAUGGCAUUUGUGGAUGACAGAUGCAGUGACGUAACAUUCCUUAGACCGAUGAGGGAGUUCACUUCUAAGGAGAUAGCGGUGUACAAUGCCCUGUUCAAUGUUGACUCCCUGUUCCAGCCAACUUUGUCAACCAUGGCCGGGGAGUAUGCCAGCAUUGACACACUGACUGAGACAUUUGUCAAUGACCUCCAAACCAACUUCCCUUCCACAGUCAGCACUGUAUUCAGGACAGGAGAGAAGAUGUGCUCUGCAGAAUCAGAUGACCCCGAAGCAGUGAAGCGAUGCAGUCUGUGUAUGUCAGUUCUCGACACAGCUGUGGGGAAGUCGUCCGCUCUACAUGCCACACGAUUCUCCUUGCAGUUAUCAAGGAAGGAGCACAGUUCUACCGGUGACAACUCUUGCAAGUCAGUCAGCCUAAAUGAUGCAACCUGUACCAGUUCCUCUUCACGACAGUGUUGUGGACAGGGCGAUGGGAGUUGCCAUAGUAACCAGAAGAAAAGCGUUUCUGCCGAGAGUCUAAAUGAGACACUUUGCUACGGUUGUCAGGUGACAGUUAGGGAAGUGAGAGACUUGAACCAGCUCCCACAUUACGUCUUGGAGCAAUGUGCCAAGAUGGAACGGAGGUCCAGAAUGCGAGACGAGAUCAAGGACUUCUUGUUGUGUGAGGAAAGUUGACAUUGAUCUACACUAACAGAUUAGGUCGUCGUGUUUUUUGCAGGUUGAUGCAUCCACUGGCUUUAUCUUUAAAACAUAUCUAGUCCAUUUUUAUUUUUUUAAAAGGGCAUUUGAAAAUAAUUUUCAGGCACAAUUUUGUACACACUUGCCUGUGAAUUCCCUUGUCAGAGUGUGAAAAAGUACUAUUGGCUAAGUCUUGGGUGCACAUGUGGAACAGAGAGAAUACAGAAUUGGUUUUUUUCCCUUCCAUUUCUCCACCUGAAUCUCAUAAACCUCUAUUUUUAACAACCCACAAGGCAUAUGUUCUACAUAUAGCAAUUUAACAGGGUCUUUAGUGCAAACAUUGUAGAUUGGACGAAUUCAUUAAAUUGAUCUUAUGAAAACUUGUCAGAUGUUGUAAUUAUUUUCAUUUGGAAGAGCAGCUACAUACCAUUUGCAUAACAUGACAAAUGCACAAAAUGCAGCAGGAGUGACUAUGCUUAUUCAAAUCAGGCCACAGAAAAAAUCAUCCCAAAUUUCUCUUCAGAGUUUUUGCAAAGUUCAGUUAAGGCAUUUGUGUUUAUUUUCAGAUGUAGUUUGGAGGCUCCAAAUAUAAUAAUGAGGCAUGUAACUUCCUGUUGUAAUUUAAAGUAACUCAACACUCAAAAUUCUUCAGCAACAUUCAAUUUUUAAUGAAUAAAUAGAACUGAAAAAAUGACAAUGGAUGUGGUGCUAGAUGUUGGAUAUGGGAGCUGAUGAGAAACCGGGAGGCCAGUAAAUACAGUUAACUUGUAACAAAUGACAGUUUGCAUGGUGUCAAAUUCUCUGUUAGAGUGUUUUUGUGGCCCAUGAACGAGAGGGUUUCUUGAAAAGACAGUUGAAGCUACCAGCAGGAAUUAGAAUCUGUGUCUGUGUGAGAUUUGGAUUAAAUCAGUGCCCUAAAAGA